AUGUGUCAGGAAGAUGAACAAGUGGUGCAGGUAUCCGAUGUAGAAAUUUCGGCGUUAGUUGGGUGGAUGGCAACGGAUAGCGAUGGCAUACAUGAUACAGAUAUUGUCGAAUACUGUUCGAGACUUGGAGCUCGGAACUACAAUUUCAUGAAUUAUCCAGUUGGUGGUAUGAAGCGAUCGUCAUGGUGUCCUGAAAAAAACGGCAUUCCACCACCGAUAGAUCUGCCGGAUUUGCAACUUGAUGUAAAAUUAUGGGGAACAUAUGUUAUAGGGCGGAUAUCGGACUGGAUAGAUUGUGAUGCGAACGAAAGUUGGUUGGCAGAUUUAUCAUGCAUUGAAAUUGAAAAGGAGCUUAAUUACAUGACCUACAUGCCGUUGCGUGUAUUAACAUUGGAAUUAAAACAUCGUGAUUCUCCAAAAUUAGCGGAAAUACUGACAAAGUGGAUGUGGACGCGGAAUAUGACCUACAGUGUUUGGGUGUUUUUACCAACCGAUGAAAAUCUUCUUCCUGCUGCGGAUUGCGGACAAGAUGUUCGUGAUAUUUGGAGAAUAUGGGCUGAUUUUCGAAGUCUUUGCACCAAUUAUCCGAUGCAGAAAUUAGCUGUCGGACUGAGAUUAUGUCCUAAUUUAGCCGAUGAAUUCCUGGAACCACGACUGUAUAAACGCUGGCAUGCUGAGCCAUUGUGUUCAUUUUGUAUUGAAACAUCCAUUUUCACAUCUAGUGGACAGUACGGCAAAUGUACGCUGCCACCAGCACAUUACCGUUUGUUGAUGGAUUUAUUCGUAUCAGUGGUACAACGACCGUUGAUACAUUGCAAUAGCUCUGAACAAGUUGAUGAGCAUCUUCGACUACAGUACGUAAAUAUGAUCAAACAACUGAUACAGGAAAAAGCGAUUCAGUCAAAAGAGGCUGCACUUGCCGGUAGUGACGAUAAUGUUUUGUUUGAAUAUCUUGGACAUCGGGAGUAUAUCGAUACUUUACAGAUGCCUCUACAACCAUUAGCAGAUAAUCUUGACUCGGGUACUUAUGCAAUUUUUGAAGAGGAUUCUGUAAAAUAUGAUUUAUAUCGUGAAGCGAUUUGUUACGCUAUUGAGGAUCUCGUUAAAAUAACUGGUGAGGAGCGAAACAUCGCUGUAUAUCUUUUAGGAGCAGGAAGAGGACCUCUGAUGCAAAUGAUAAUUGAAGCUGAAGAAUUAUUCAAUGCAAAAAGUUGUAAUCGCCGUGGCUUACUGAAGCUUGAACUUUAUUCAGUGGAGAAAAAUGCUCAUGCUGUUGUUACUUUGCAGUUCAGGAACAAACAUCACUGGAAGGAUCGAGUGCAAAUUAUUGAAGGCGAUAUGCGAGAGCUGAGUGAAAAGGUCAGAGCUGGUCAAUUACCAUCCCCAGAUUUAGUUGUUUCGGAAUUGUUAGGAUCUUUUGGUGAUAAUGAAUUGUCUCCUGAAUGCUUGGAUAGUAUCACAGAUAUUUUGCGCUCAACCACUAUAAGUAUUCCUCAACAAUAUACCAGUUACAUCGCUCCUAUUCAGUCAGUUCGCUUGCACCAGAAAGUACUGUGCUGUUCUGGUGGUACAAAAUAUUUUGAGCGUGGUUUUCCUGGCCGUGGCCGACUGGAACCCGUUAAAUUGCAGGAUGGCACUUACGCACUACCUGAAUGCCCGGAAGCUUCGCAAUUCGAUGAAAUAUAUGUAGUUUGCAUGCGUUCUGUUUGUGAACUUGCAAAGCCCAAAGCCGUUUUCAAUUUCGAGCAUCCAAAUUUUGAAAAAAAAUCAAAUGCACGAAGUGCGUGCAUUCAGUUCACAAUCGACAUGCAGUCAGAGUUAAUGGGAUUCGCAGGCUACUUUACUGCACGACUUUAUAGGAAUUGUCAAUUGAGCAUUGUUCCACAGACACACACGAAAGGUUUAGUUAGUUGGUUCCCAGCGCUUAUACCGCUUCGACAUCUUUAUCGUUUACAGAAGGGUACUGAAGUUAUCUUUCAUGUUGAACGAAAAAUUGAUACGCGAGGUGUUUGGUAUGAGUGGUUUUGUGAAUUCCAGAAUGUUGAUGGAAAAACCAAAACAACACCAUUGCAAAAUAAGGAUGGUAUGAGUUACUUUAUGCGCUUAUAA